AUGCGCCGUACUAGCCCGGCGCAUGAUCGUCGGAAGCGCAGUGUCUUGCACUCUGCGAGCGUGCGGUUCUCGAUUGCAAGGGGCCUCUCUUCAUGCUUCGUCCUGCGACAUUGGCCGACGAGCCGUGGUGGUUCUCCCCCGCAUAGAACCAUCCCUGUCCGUUUCCAGGACGCUCCGCCGGGAUCACCACAAUCGCGUUUGCCAGAGCCCGACGCCAGCGAGCCUCCCGCUCAUGACCAGCCUCCGGCGGACGGCGAGGCGCAGGCGGACGACGAGCCCGAACACGGCCACCGUAGCCACGACGUCACAGGGCCGCUGCCUGAGCCGACACCGGAGCCAUCGAAACAGGCUGUGGCUCUCAUCAACGCUCUGAAGGACGUCAUCACCGCUCUGAAGAACGCAUCGCUCGAGGGAUCUCGCCUAGAUCCUACGGCUAAUCGCGAGCUCCGGCUUGCGCUCCAGCUGUUCGUCAUCAACGGGCAUUCAGAAAGGUCGUCUCGCCUGGACACCGCGUCGAUCGUGGAGGACUACGAGGGGAGGUUCCAGCUCCCGACUUACGAGGCGAUGCAAAGACUGGUGCAAGAGCUCAGCGGCGUCGUCCCGAUUGUCACCGCAAUGUACCCGGAGACCAGCGUCGCCUACACGGAGUGUGGUCCACCUCGCUACGAGUGGAAUCUCGGACGUCAUGGGUACGCGCAUACAGGGCAUAAGCCGUUCUGGACCUUGACUGACAAGCUUAUGGCUCUGUCCUACGGCCAGCUCACACGAAUGCAGAGAUGUGGUUCACGCGGCGUAGUCAUCGGCUUCCGAAUCAUUGUUGGGAGCUGA